AAUCGGUAGUCAUCUCUAGUCGUCUCUGCACACAAGGAUCUCUUUGAAUCUAAAACAAAACAACAUCCGCCAACGCCACCGCUUCCCAUUGACAUACCUGACACUGCCAUGUUUCCUACCAAGGAAUCAGAACAGAUAUAAUAACAGCCAUAUUAAUGGAUGAGAUGGAAUGGCCCGAGACCAUUCAACGUCAUGCGAUGCAGUGCGACGCGCGGGGUGUGUUAUGUAUGCGCAUUGUUCAACGACAAUCACAGCCUUCAGGAUGCUCCCUUCAAGUCACAUCACAUUCCGUUUCCACAUCAACAGCAUGCUCACGCAGAUGGCAACGCAACCAAUCCUUCUUAAUAAGCAUCAUCAACCAUUCGGAACCGUGGAACCUAUCCGAACUUGUCGCUUGAGUUGCCUCGCUUGUCUUGGUACAGUGGACGAGACGAGACGACGACUCGCCGAGUAUCUCAAUGAGACGAUCCAUAGAUCGGCCCAAACUAGCGGUCCUCAACGCUUGACACCGCCCUUCCAGAACGUGGCACCAGCAUUAAUUACAGCCAGAUCUCGAAUAAGAUGAGCACUCUGCCACUUUCAGUACUGGGUUCCCUAAUCCGGUAGACCGUUCAAACCGCUCAUCUUCAACCGUCAGCCACUCACGGUACGCGCCUCCAAAAGAGACGCCGCCUCUCAUGGAAACUAUUCACUGAAGCCUCGACGCCCGGGUUUCAGGAGCCGGGGGCCCUUAUGCUUCGUGGAGCCUUUACGGGGGAGACCGAAGGCCCGGGCCCCAUGCUGGGCUCUGCGGGUGAGAAGCCGGAGGCCUUUUGUACAUAAACAACUGGGGACCUACGGGAGUCGAGGGAAUAAUAAAAACCCUCAAAUGGUCUCAGGGAGCAAGAAAACCCGAGACCAAAUAGAAGAUGCCAAAAUAAGCUCAUCAAGUAGGCCUCUAAGUUUAGGAUGAUUUCCCCCCUCCCAAGUCUUUUUGUCACUUGGGAUAAAGAUACUAGAUUUUCUUUCCUCCCUCAACAUGGCUCAAGCAUAAACAUGGCGUGGAGCAUGCAUGAUAGCGUGCUGCCCGCCGCACCGUCAAUUGCAAGUCGGUCUGUCUGUACCUGGGAGGCUUAGAUAAAGUUGACCAAUCCCAUUCCUGUC